AUGUCGGCAACCCACAUGGGAAGGGGUGACAUGUUCCAUAAUGCCGGUACACAAAACAUCUGUAAGGAUAAUGGUACUCAGAUUAUUCAAAACGGUCCGGAUGAGGAGGCAGACUUGGAAAAGCAGGACGACCGAUGCCUCAAGUACAUGCGACACAGUGGCUACGUCCCAGAAGACCAGAAAAUCAACGCCGAGAGGCGGAAAGAGCAGCUUUUUGAGCCCGCUUGCGAGUGGAUCUUCAAGAGCCCCGAGUUCCAACAAUGGCGCGACGGCGCAUCUGCUCCUGGCCUUUGGCUCCAUGGGGGACCAGGCAAAGGCAAGACUAAGCUUCUUUGCAGCGUCCUGAACCAUUUGCUGGACUCGAUCCCAGUAGCCCCAGUUUCUUCUGAUCCAAGUCUUCUCGUUACGUAUUCCUUUUUCAGCAAUCCGGACGGCGACCGCGAAGCAUCAUUCGUGGUGGCCACUCUUCUACACGGGCUCGUAAAACAGCAACCCUCAUACCUCCGUCGCAUCUCGAAGGUUUACGACCACGAAACAAAAUACCCAUUUCGAGGGAAGCGAGCAUUUACCGCCCUAGCCGGUAUCCUGAAAGACAUGUUGGAAGACAUGUUGAAAGACAACCCAACCCGAACCAGAAUUAUCUUGGUGGUUGAUGCACUCGACGAAUGCGAGACUGAUGCCAAUCUUGACCAUCUACUUGAUCUGAUCCUCGAGACAUCGUCCAUCCAAAAUGUCAGGUGGUUCGUAUCCAGCCGGGGACUUCCUAUCAUUCACCAAAAGUUUGAUGCACCUGAUACAAAGAUGCGGAAGUUGAGUCUUGAUCAAACCGGGGAAGACAUCCAGCAAGCUCUUCAAGCCUACAUAAAUCAUCGAAUGGGAAGUCUUCACCGUCUUAGGAUGAGUGGAGAAAAGAAAGAGGAACUUCAGAAUCGACUAUUGCGCAAAGCAGGCGGUACAUUCCUGUGGUUGUCUAUUGUCAUGGCCGAGCUCAAGAAGGGGAACAGUUGGAACACCAAUCGUGUUGUUGAGGGCUUGUCAGGUGAUCUCAAGAGUCUCUACGAGAGUCUACUGCAGAAUUUGCUGGGGGAUCUCGUCUUGGGGGGAGACAGCGAGAUUGACAAAGAAGUUUUUCACAAGACACUUGCCACCACAACAGCCGCUCUACGGCCACUCCAUAUCGAGGAACUGAAGGAGUUGGUUGGAUUCCCUGAAGAAAUUGACGAAAUCAGCCAAGUAGAAGAGGUCAUCGACAAAUGCGGCGCCUUUCUCACUCGUCAAAACAACCAAGUCUUCCUAAUUCAUCUUUCCGCCAAGGAGUUUUUGACACCUGAAAAGUUGCAGUCGGCGUUUCAGUCUAACCCUCUUGAUAUUCACUCCCAUUUGUUUUCCCGCUCGAUGUCUGUCAUGGAGGAAAACCUGAAACGCGAUAUCUACAACCUGGAGAAGCCAGGAAUUGAUAUUCGUGAUAUUGCCUUUCCUCUAUCUCCAGAUCCACUACUAGGCCUCAAGUAUUUCUGCGUUCACUGGAUUGACCAUCUUGAACGAGUUCAGCUUCGAGACUACCAGGCUGUGAGACGCUUCAUCGAGAAAUCGCUUUUGCACUGGCUGGAGGCAAUGAGCUUGCAGAGAAAGAUGGAAGAAGCAUGCAGGGCAGUACAGAAACUAUGUAGACUAAUGCAGAACACAAAAGACUACGAGCUGGACACUUUCACAAACGAUAUCGACGGCUUCGUUCAAGUUCACGAGGAAACAAUACAAAACUAUCCUUUUCAAACCUAUGCAUCUGCUCUUCUAUUCAGCCCAACCAGCAGCUGUGUCAGAAGGGUUUACAGCGGAGAAGAACUCGACUGGAUCUCAUUGAAGUCAAAGAGGGAACCCACUUGGAGCCCCCGGGCUAAGAGCCUCUCGAUGCUUGCUCCGACAUCGAUGUUGGCCAUUUCGACAGAUGGAAAUUUGCUAGCUUCAAUUAAUGAUCCGGACUGCGUGGGCAUGACGUGGGAGGAUCUGUGCGAGUGGGCGUUGGAGCGGGAGGUGGACUACCCUCAUGCACAACUCCCCCCUUUCUUGCUUCAGAUCUGGGACUUGAACUCGAAUGAGCAAAUUCAGAUCCUUGGCAUUGACUUUGAAGUUCUCGCGAUUGGAUUUCUACGUGAUAGUAAGCGGCUUGCCCUGGCAGGGAAUCAGAACCGCUUCGAGAUCUGGAGUGCGGAAACGGGGUCACGCGUGCAGACACUUCAAAGCCCCGAAGAACCCAGCGUUUGCUUUACAUGUCUGGCAUUACCAACUUCAACACAUCUCGACCUGAAUGAAGAUGUGAUAGCAUCUGGCUCAGAUAACGGGGCGGUCAGAUUCUGGAAUCCGGCUACUGGAGGCUGCACAAGAAGCAUCCGCACGUCCAAGGAAAAAGUUGGCGCCCUGACAUUUUCGCAGGAUGGCCAGAAAUUAGCCGUGGGCUUGUUAUACGGGACAAUCGAAGUGUGGGAUUUCCAAUCAGAAUCACUCGUUGGGAAAGUGAAAGCCCACAAUCGCUCCGUCGUGUCGAUGGCGUUCUUAGGGGACGAUCAGCUUGCGUCUACCUCAAAAAUGGAGGGAGUAAGGAUCUGGGAUCUGAAAACGGGCGCUUGUGCCAUAACCAUAUCCGUACACACGGAGGAUUUCACAAUGGUCGUGUCGCUGGGGAAUGGUGGGUAUUUUGCCUCCUCCACGGAAGAUUUUUGGGGAAAGGUCAGAGUUUGGAACAACAAAGGGGAAUUUAUCCACCAUCUUGAAGGAAGCGACUAUAGCAUGAAUGGACUGGUAUUUUGUCCUGAGAAACAGCUCCUCGCUCACGCCACCGAGGACACAGUCGAUAUUUGGGACUUGAAGCUGUUUCCAUUUGCCAAGCAUGCCCCUUUACACAUGGAGCGGGUACUUUCGACUACGCUUUCUUCUGACUAUCUAUUACUUGCAUCGGGCUCUGAAGAUUCAAUCAAGAUCUGGAACACGGCCACAGGCACCUGCAUCCGUUCAAUGGGCUGCCUCGGGGAUGGAGGAAGUGGGCUUGCCUUUUCUCCCAACACUCGCUAUCUUGUAUCGCGAUGGGGAAUUACUUUGUGGGAAGAAAGGUGGGCCAAAUUGACCGUUUGGAGCGUAAGUGAUGGCCAAGCUGUCAAAACCUUCUACGAGGUGAGGGGGUGGGAGGUUUUUUCCCCUGACGACAAACUGCUCGCACUGGCUUUGAGGUCAUCCGUGAUGGUAUGGGACAUGGAUGCCUCUGAGGAAUACCGUCAGAUUCAACGCAGCGCCACAUGUCUCGUCUUCUCAGCUGACGGCAACAAACUUGCAUUGGCUUCAGACACGAAAUUGGAGAUCUGGGACAUGCUCAGCGGCGAAUGCAUCUGGGCUGUUGCCCACCAACAGACUGAGGUUACAUCGAUCGCACUUUCAGCAGAUGCGGAGUUGCUUGCUGUGGGCACAAGCCAACAAGGUAUCCACGUAUGUGGAUGUGGCAGAGUUGCCAAAGAGCUGCGUGUCUCCAUGGCCACUAGUCAGAGAUUCCGUCACACUUUGGACGCAGUAGCUUUCUCUCCCAACCGAGAGUUACUGGCCUGGGUUCGUGGUGGCGAGAUUGGAAUGUGGAACUUCAAGGAUCGCAGGGUGUCUCGCUUCUCGUUUGAUGGUGGGAAACGGCGCUCUGAAUUUUCCGGCAGGGCCACCAUCCAGUUCGAACCUCCUGACUACUCAAGGUUGUGCACAUCAAUCGGUGACCUGGACAUUAAUGCAGAGGGUACGAUAACUGGUUUCCACGGUUAUCAUUUGGACAAGGAUCACGAGUGGAUUGUGAGAGACGGAAAAAAAAUGGUUCUUCUUCCUAAAGAGUAUCGAGGAGGUCCGGUGCUAGUCGCCGAAGCCAGGGUUUUUGAGCUGUCCAUAGCGAAACUGGUCUUUUAA